AUGGUCAAGGCGACGGCAACAAAGUGUUUGGUCACCUGGCUCUGUGCAGCUCUUCUUUCCUGCCACAUGGUUGAAGCAUACCCCGUCACACAUGACCACGGCAAGGCCAAGGAAGAGCAUGCAUCGCUCACUCGGCGCGGGGCAUACCAGGCAGUGACGCCGUUUGAGAACCGGAACAACAUCGCGCGCGUGGUGCUUGGCUCCAUUGUCGGCGUCGUCGGCCUUGGUCUGCUCGGUUUGCACCUGACCGAGCACGCGGCGUGCAAGGCCGUAGCUCGACAGGAGGCCACAAUGCAGGCAACCUGGGACGAGCUUCACCCCGACAAGUUCAUCCCCAAGGGCGAUCAGAUGCGUCCCGUCAGCUUCGACUGCAGCUCAAAGUCGGUCAAACCACUCGGCAUCCCAGUCGCCUACACUCACCCGGCGAAUGACUACUGA